GCGCGGAGCGUGUUUUCCUCCCUCCGUUCCGGUGGGGGGUGGCAACUGGCAACGCAAAAGCCUGACUCCAAUCCCAUUGCUGCUGGAAAGCACAAAGCAGCGAUGGUAAAAGAGGAUGAAGGCCAUGGCGACAGAGUGGCCGCCGACGCUCCUUUCCGUGUGGUGUAGGGCUGCAGAUUCCUUCGCGCUCCUCCUGCUCCCAGCGAGGAAAAGAGAGCACGAACUAAACUAGGAACCAUCCCUCCCCGGCAUUCAUUCCCUUGCCCUUUUUUCACCGAAUUGUAGCGGUUGUUGCUUUCCUGUUCAGGUGCCUUGUUCUUGGCCUCCUUCGCACGCAAAGAACCGCCGGUCGUAUUGCUCUCCGCACUCACCCACCGCGCUGCUGCUGCUCGACUGCUCGUGGAAGGGUUCUUAUUGGCCGCCUGUUCCUGCUUUGCGGUUUCUUGCUCUGCUUUUGAGUGGAGCCGCUGUGGAGUGGACGGUGUGGUGUGGUGUGGGUCGGCGGUGAGGUGAAAGGCUUGGUUUCUUUCUUUCUUGCGAGGGAGGAUAAGGGAAAGGGAAGGCGAAGAGGAGGAUGGCCGGAGGAGGGGCGGCGCCGCCGCCGAAGCAGGAGGAGCUGCAGCCGCACCCGGUGAAGGACCAGCUUCCCAGCGUGUCCUACUGCAUCACAAGCCCACCGCCCUGGCCUGAGGCUGUCAUCCUUGGAUUCCAGCACUACAUUGUGAUGCUGGGCACAUCCGUCAUCAUACCAAGUGCUCUUGUUCCCCAGAUGGGAGGAGGAAACGAGGAGAAGGCCAGGGUGAUUCAGACGCUGCUGUUCGUUGCCGGCAUCAACACCCUAUGCCAGUCAUUCUUUGGGACUCGCCUCCCAGCGGUGAUGGGUGGAUCCUACACCAUCGUCGCACCCACCAUUUCCAUCAUCAUGGCCGGCCGUUACAGCAACGAAGCAGACCCUCGUGAGAAAUUCUUGCGGACCAUGCGAGGAACACAAGGCGCUCUCAUCAUCGCGUCGACAAUUCAGAUCGUGCUUGGUUUCAGUGGCCUUUGGCGCAAUGUCGUUAAAUUGCUGAGCCCAUUGUCUGCUGUACCUUUGGUUUCGCUAGCUGGAUUUGGGCUAUAUGAGCUAGGUUUUCCAGGGGUUGCUAAGUGUGUGGAAAUUGGGCUUCCGGAAAUCAUCCUAAUGCUCAUAUUUUCUCAGUACUUACCUCAUGCUGUCCAUGCGGCAAAGCCUGUGUUCGACCGGUUUUCUGUGAUUUUCACAAUUGCGAUUGUAUGGCUGUAUGCGUACAUUCUCACGGUUAGCGGUGCCUACAAGAGUGCCCGAACAAAGACACAACUCCAUUGCCGUGUUGACCGCUCUGGGCUUGUUGGUGGAGCUCCUUGGAUUAGUGUCCCAUAUCCUUUCCAAUGGGGGGCCCCAACAUUUGAUGCUGGUGAAUCAUUUGCAAUGAUGGUGGCCGCAUUUGUUGCUCUUGUUGAGUCAUCUGGGGCCUUCAUUGCUGUGUCAAGAUAUGCAAGCGCGACUAUGAUACCUCCUUCAGUUCUUGGUCGUGGCAUUGGUUGGCAGGGCAUCGGUACUUUACUGGGUGCGUUUUUUGGGACAGCUAAUGGAACUGCAGUGUCAGUUGAGAAUGCUGGUCUGCUUGCUUUGACACAUGUUGGCAGCCGGAGAGUAGUCCAGAUAUCUGCAGGCUUCAUGAUCUUCUUCUCUGUCCUUGGGAAAUUCGGGGCGAUCUUUGCUUCAAUCCCACUGCCGAUAUUCGCUGCCCUGUAUUGCAUUCUCUUUGCAUACAUUGGUGCUUGUGGCCUGAGCUUCCUUCAGUUCUGCAACCUGAACAGCUUCAGGACCAAGUUCAUCAUGGGGUUCUCCUUGUUCAUGGGCCUGUCAGUACCCCAAUACUUCAACGAGUACACGUCCGUGGCUGGCUAUGGCCCCGUGCACACCGGCGCCCGAUGGUUCAACGACAUGAUCAACGUGCCCUUCUCGUCGAAGCCGUUCGUGGCUGUGCUGGUGGCCUUCUUACUGGACAACACGAUCCAGGUGCGUGACAGCGGCGUGAGGAGGGACAGGGGCUACCACUGGUGGGACAAGUUCCGGAGCUUCAAGACGGACAGCCGCAGCGAGGAGUUCUACUCGCUGCCCUUCAACCUCAACAAGUUUUUCCCUUCCGUCUGAUCCUGCAGGGUCUGCACACUCUUCCUCGCAGCCGCAGUAGCCCUGACUGGAGUCAGGCAAGAAAUGAUCCUAUGCAGAUGAUGCUGGAGCAUGGACUGAUGGCGUUUUGUACAUUCAGGGGUGAACUGAACUGUGCAGGUUGCAGGGGAUAGUGCUCUGGGUAGCAUCAGUAUUCCCUAGUAACCGAAAUUGAAAAGGCCGCCUGUUAAACUUCUGCAAACACUAGCAUGAUUACGUCUCCUAGUGCUACUGUUGUUUAGAUUGGAAAACAUGGAACUCAACCGUAAGCAUAGAUUUACCUUGAAGC